AAAAAUGAUUUUUGACGACGACGAUGAUGAUCCUCAAGAAUACGAGGAGAACGAAGACAUGCAACAUCCAAUGGAACAGGACGACGAAGAUGAUGAACAACAAGAGAUGCAGCAACAUUUGGAUGACGAUGAAGAGGAGGACGAAAUUUCGGCUGAAUUGUGGCAGGAAGCUUGUUGGGUGGUUAUCUCUGCUUACUUUGAUGAGAAAGGCUUAGUACGUCAGCAGUUGGACAGUUUUGACGAAUUCAUUCAAAUGAGCGUUCAACGUAUUGUUGAGGAAGCACCGGCAGUGGAACUUCAAACUGAGUUACAACAUACAACAGGAGAAAUUGAGGCACCAACCAAAUUUACUUUGAAAUUUGGCCAAAUCUAUUUGUCUAAACCUACUCAUUGGGAAAAGGAUGGCGCUCCAACUCCGCUUAUGCCUAACGAGGCUCGUCUUCGCAAUCUGACAUAUUCAUCACCUCUAUAUGUUGAUAUUGUCAAAACAAUUUCAAAAGAAGGAGAAGAGGAUAAUGUUCAGCAUUACAAUAAAGUAUUUAUUGGAAAGAUUCCAAUUAUGUUAAGAUCGAGUUAUUGUGUUCUUUCAAAUUUAACGGACAGAGACUUGACUGAACUCAACGAAUGUCCUCUUGAUCCUGGUGGUUAUUUUGUCAUUAAUGGUAGCGAGAAGGUAUUGAUUGCUCAGGAAAAGAUGGCUACAAAUACGGUUUAUGUUUUUGCCAUGAAAGAUGGAAAAUAUAUGUACAAAACAGAAUGUCGCUCUUAUUUGGAAGGGUCGAGUCGUCCAGCUUCUACACUUUGGGUCAACAUGACAAACAGAGGAGGUAAAUCAGCUAAAACUGCUACUGGCCAGAAAAUUGUUGCAAUAAUUCCAUAUAUUAAACAAGAAAUCAAUGUUAUUAUUCUCUUUCGUGCUCUUGGUUUUGUUUCUGAUCGAGAUAUUUUAGAACACAUUAUUUACGAUUUUGAUGAUCAAGAAAUGAUGGAACUUUUAAAGCCAAGUUUGGAUGAAGCUUUUGUGGUUCAGGAACAACAAGUUGCUUUAAAUUUUAUUGGAACACGAGGAGCUAAACCAGGUGUAACCAAAGAAGCACGUAUUCGCUACGCAAAAGAAAUCCUUCAAAAAGAAAUGCUUCCACACUAUUUCCUCGGUUAUAUGGUACAUCGUCUUUUGUUGGCUGCUUUGGGACGUCGUGAACUUGAUGAUCGUGAUCACAUGGGAAACAAGCGAUUGGAACUUGCUGGUCCUUUGUUGGCAUUUCUCUUUCGUGCUCUUUUUAGAAAUUUGCUUAAAGAAGUUCGUCUGGUUGCUCAAAAAUAUAUCAACAAAAAUGGAGAUUUCAAUUUGGAUGUCUGUGUUCGACCAACAAUAAUUACUCGAGGCCUUGCUUAUUCACUUGCAACUGGAAAUUGGGGCGAACAGAAGAAAGCACAUCAAACACGGGCUGGUGUUAGUCAAGUCCUCAAUCGUCUUACAUAUACAGCUACACUUUCACAUUUACGUCGUUGCAAUUCGCCAAUUGGCCGGGAAGGAAAGUUGGCAAAACCCCGUCAAUUACACAAUACUCAAUGGGGAAUGGUUUGCCCUGCAGAAACACCUGAAGGUCAAGCUGUCGGUUUGGUAAAGAAUUUGGCUUUGAUGGCUUAUAUUUCUGUUGGAUCGCAGCCUGAACCAAUUUUGGAAUUUCUUGAAGAAUGGAGUAUGGAGAAUUUGGAAGGUUAUCUUUUCUUAUUUUGCGAAAUUAAAAUAUUGUUGUUCAUGCUCGUUUAUGUAGACCUGGGAUGUUAUGGGUUAAGGCACAUUUUUCCUGUCCCACUGCAUAACCAAAUUUACACACAAAUUUACACUACAAAAAUCUUCGUCAAUGGUUCAUGGGUUGGUAUCCAUCGAAAUCCAGAUCAAUUAAUGGCUACACUUUUAAAACUUCGUCGUCAAAUGGAUAUUAUUGUCAGUGAAGUCAGCAUGGUUCGAGAUAUUCGUGAUCGAGAAAUUCGAAUCAACACUGAUCAGGGACGAAUUUGCCGACCUCUUUUAAUUGUGGAGAGUGGAAAAUUAAAGUUGAAGAGACGACAUAUUGAAUUAUUAAAAGAACGUGGAACUGGUGAACAACAAUUUUCUUGGUCUGAUUUGGUUGCUGGUGGAGUUGUUGAACUUAUUGAUGCUAUGGAAGAAGAGACUAUAAUGGUUGCAAUGGUCCCAGAAGACUUGAAAGCUGGUGGUUAUUGUGACACUUACACUCAUUGUGAAAUUCAUCCGGCAAUGAUUUUGGGUGUUUGUGCUUCAAUUAUACCAUUUCCUGACCAUAAUCAAAGUCCAAGAAACACUUACCAAAGUGCUAUGGGAAAACAAGCGAUGGGCGUUUAUACAACAAAUUUCCACGUUCGAAUGGAUACGCUUGCACAUGUUCUCUAUUAUCCACAAAAACCGUUGGUAACAACUCGUUCAAUGGAAUAUUUACGUUUUAAUGAGCUUCCAGCAGGAAUUAAUGCGAUUGUUGCAAUUCUUUCAUAUGGUGGAUACAAUCAAGAAGACUCGGUUAUUAUGAAUCAAUCAGGAAUUGAUCGUGGCCUUUUCCGUUCUGUUUUCUACCGGUCUUAUAGAGACCAAGAAUCGAAUAUUGACAAUGUUAAUGAAGAAUUGAUUGAAAAACCAACACACGACAAGUGUAAAGGAAUGCGUCACGCUCUCUAUGACAAAUUAGAUGAUGAUGGAAUUAGUUCGCCAGGCACCCGUGUUUCAGGAGAUGAUGUUAUUAUUGGCAAAACAAUUGCAAUAAAUGAAAACGAAAAUGAACUGGAAGCUACUGCUUCUCGUUAUCAAAAACGUGAUUCUUCUACAUUUUUGCGAAGCAGUGAAACUGGAAUUGUUGAUCAAGUUAUGUUAACAGUAAAUGCAGAUGGAAACAAAUUCGUUAAAAUUCGUGUUCGUUCAAUUCGUUUACCUCAAAUCGGAGAUAAAUUUGCUUCGCGUCACGGUCAAAAGGGAACAAUGGGAAUGAUGUAUAGAGAGGAAGAUAUGCCAUUUACUCGUGAAGGUCUUGUUCCAGACAUUAUAAUUAAUCCACACGCUGUUCCAUCACGUAUGACUAUUGGACACCUUAUAGAAUGUCUUCAAGGAAAGUUAUCAGCAAAUAAAGGAGAAAUUGGCGAUGCAACACCCUUUAAUGACACAGUCAACGUACAAAAAAUUUCAGCAUUAUUAGCUGAAUAUGGUUAUCAUUUGCGUGGAAAUGAAAUUAUGUACAAUGGGUUUACUGGACAAAAAUUAACCACACAGGUAUUUAUUGGCCCAACAUAUUAUCAACGUUUAAAACAUAUGGUGGAUGACAAAAUUCAUUCUAGAGCAAGAGGACCAAUUCAAGGAAUGAAUCGUCAGCCGAUGGAGGGAAGAGCUAGGGAUGGAGGUCUUCGUUUUGGCGAAAUGGAAAGGGAUUGUCAAAUCUCCCACGGUUGUGCUCAAUUUCUUCGUGAACGUCUUUUUGAAGUUUCUGAUCCAUACCUUAUUUAUGUUUGUAAUCAAUGUGGAUUAAUUGUUAUUGCAAAUCAACGGACUAAUACAUUUGAAUGCAAGGCUUGUCGUAACAAAACUCAAGUUUCUGCUGUCCGUAUUCCAUAUGCAUUUAAGUUGCUUCUUCAAGAGCUUAUGUCAAUGUCAAUUGCGCCGAGAAUGUGUAUUAAAUAG